AUGCCAUUACAAAAGGGUAUUGUCGAUGAGUCUCGUUCAUUAACGCCGGACCCAAGCAGUCGAAAUCCUCGUCGAAGUCAUGUAUCAAUAACAUCAAGCAAACGUCCAUCAAUGAAUACAGGUGCAUCUAAUUCAAAUAAAACUAAACAAGGCAUGUUUCGUCGAGCUGUUCCACAUAUGCCACGGGCUUUAGCCUGUAUCUGUUUUAUACUCAAUCUUGUGUUGCCUGGAACAGGCACAUUAAUCAGUGCAUUUGCUGUAUUUUGUUGUGGAAAACAUGAUUAUGAAAAAAAUAUUGUAGCAUUUUUUUAUAAUAUUCUUGCGGCUAUAUUACAAAGUGCUACAAUUUUUUUACUUGUUGGCUGGAUUUGGUCAAUACGAUGGGGUAUUCUUUUUGUUCAAUUAUCAGGUAUAAUUCAAAAAAAAUUCAUGUAUACAUAUAUAUAUAUGUGUAUAUAA